GUUUCCAGAAAAUGAAACAUUUUAAAGCAGAAUUAUUUUGUAGGAGAAAUUUUGUUUAAGGGCCUUGACAUUAUGUUAUGCCUUAAAGUGAAGAUGAAGGACAAUUACUUUUUUUUUUUUUUUUAAUAAAUGUCCAUCGUAACUUUAUUUUACAGGUAAUUUAAUGUAAUAAUCCAUGAUUGGGGUGUGAAAAUUAGCUUUUUAGUUAGCAUCAUUGGCAUACUGUAUGUCAUCAAGUACUUUUUAGCUGUUCAGCCUGUAGCCUCUCUGAUGUUUUUUUCCCUCUGUAAAUCUAUGAUGACGUUGUCUGAAUUAACUUUUUCUAAAAUUCCCUGAAUAUUAUCUAACUCAUACCUGACUAAAGCUGAUAAGUUUUGUAGACUAAAUCACAAUCAUUAAAAUUCAAUAUAUUUAUUUGGUACAUGGUAUUAGCUUUUCUUGUAUAAAAACACUGGGAAAUGUUUAACCUUAUUGAAUCUGGCAACCCCAAUUUCGGUAAAACUCGAAGAGCACUCGUUAUUUUCCGUCACUCCUCCCCUUGACAGGACCCACUGAGGUUGUCAGGGGCAACUAGAAGAGACGCUUGAUGUUAGCAGUGGAGGCUACUCACAAACGAGUUUCACUCGGUGUUUUAACUGUUUUUAUUUUUAAUAAGCCAGUAAAUAUUGAACAGAGAAAAGUACAGGCGAGAGUGGAACAGUGGGGACAUGGCGGUGUAUUUUGACCACCGUAUUGAGGCUCCUGACAGCAAUGGGCUUCCUUCCCAAGUAAACUGGCACUCAGCUCUUCCCGUACUGGCGGUGGCCUCCAGCAGCUCCACCACUGGGGGCACAGUAGAUCUGUAUCUGCAGCAGGGGGAGUUUGUGGAGAGCUGCCAUGUAGGACGUCCCCACCAGCCCACAGUACUGCGCUGGCAUCCACUGAAGCCAGUGCUGGCAGUGGGCUGGGAGAAUGGAGAGGUCAUGGUGCUGACACACCCCUCAGGAGAUCAAACUGUCCUCUCCAGCACACACCUAGCCGCUAUCACGGUGAUAGAGUGGAGCAGCUCAGGAAGCCGUCUGGUGACUGGAGAUCAGGCUGGAGUUUUAGCUGUAUGGAAGGUUGAUCCCAGAGGAAGACUUCAGGGAAACCAUCUGGUGAAACAUGAAUAUCAUAAACCUCUAACCUGCUGCACCUUCAGACCUACUUCACCUGGAGUUGAUGUAGCGAAGUUAGCACGAGCAUCAGUGAGUGGAGAUGAUAAUGCUCUGGACAUGUUCAGCUGGAAGGGAGCUCCUCUAAAGAUGGGUCCACAGGAGGGACUCGUCUUCUACGUCAGCACUGCGGAGGGUAAGGUCCACAAUGUGGAUGAACACUGUAAGAGCAGCACACUUCUCAGUGUAGAGGGUUCCAUCAAAAAACUGUUCUACCUGGAUAAGAGAGAAGCUCUGUGUGUGAUCACAGACACUCUGAUGUUGUCACAGUACACACUGAGACCUGAGGGAGGAGCUCAGGAGUUUAUGAAGGUGAAGUUGAGCAGUAAGACCGGGCAGAACAUGAACAUCGAGUGGACAAAUAACAGUCUUCUCAUCACAGCGGCAGGUGAACAUGUCAUCAGGCUGUGGGACCUGGAACGGGAUGAAAACUAUAUUUUAUCUCUGGAUGAAACACUGGGGUUUGAGAAAGGAGAAAUGAUCAACUGUGUGUCCCACUGUGCAGCAAAAGAAAUGCUGGCAGCCGGCACCAGCCUCGGCCGUGUAGCGCUGUGGAGGAUGGUGACUCAGCCAGGCAGCAGCAAAACUGACACUAGUGUCCAGUGGAAACUACAGACACCCACAGAGAUACAAGGAAAUGUUACUCAGCUGCAGUGGGGCUCCAGCCUGAAUCUUCUGGCUGCCAACAACACCAACACGGUGCUCAUCCUGUGUGAACAUGUAAUGUCAGCUCACUUCAGUCAGCAGCUGGCUGCUGUUCAGCUCACUCCGACUCAGCUCAGCAUCAGUCAGUUCAGCACAGGGUCUCAUCUGGCACUGCUGUCCGACAUACACAUCAAGGGAGUGUGUGUGACCAAGGACUCUGUGACUGUGUGGAGUGGGCGGCAGGUCUCCGUGUACGAGCUAACAGGGACAGUUCUACGAAACUUGGGAUCGUUUCCUUGUGACUCCCAUAUCGUAGCUGCACAUGGUGAGAACAUCUACACGGUUGAACCCAACAGGGUCCAGAUCCGCACGCCACAGGGCACAGUGAAGCAGCUGCUGACCUUCACUAAAGCAGAGGGAAACCCUGUGCUGCUCAGUGUGUGUCAGUCUUACCUGGUGGUUGGUACAGACACAGCUCACAUCAGAGUCUUCGACCUCUCCAGGAGAGAUGCUAAGGCUCACUGCAGUGCUAAGAAUUUAUCUGAACACAUCAUCAAUUUGGGCGCCUUGAGGUCCGUCAAGUGUAACGCCAACGGCAGCCAAGUCAGCGUCCUUAUCUCUCAGGUCAACGGUCGGCCGGAUCACAAAGUGUACUUCUACGACAUUGAAAUGGACACUGUGACACACUUUGACUUCUUCACUGGGAGACCCUCCAGUGGUAUAUCCCAUUCCGAAGACAGUGAAAGGCAGCAGUUUCAGGGGCCGGAGCUCAGUGGUCGAUGCCCUGUGUCUCACUUCUGGGAUGAGAGUGAACCUCGUCUGUUUGUGUGUGAGACGGUGCCAAUCAGCUCUGACUCGUCAUCAGUGACGUCCAUGGAUAUGGUGGACGUGUCGGUGGUCACACUUUUCUGUACACAGGAACAUGGGCUCCUCCUGCAGGACUGUUACCUUAAACCUUCAGGCCUCCAGGCUCUUCUGGCUCUGGACGUGCCCUACUAUUAUUUCAGCUGCAAGCCUGGUGAGAAGGAUCCAAGUCCAACAGAGGCAGCAGCACCUCUUCAUCCAACACAGCCGUCCAACGGAGCGUCUACUCAGUUCCCUCAGAUGGUUUCCAGGAGAGCUCUCAGGGACUUUGUGGGCCUGGAGAACUGUGAGAAGUCCACUCGUGAUGCCAUGCUCAACUUCAGCUUCUACCUGACCAUCGGAGACAUGGACGAAGCCUUCAAGUCAAUCAAGCUCAUCAAGAGUAAAGCCGUCUGGGAAAACAUGGCCAGGAUGUGUGUGAAAACCUGCCGUCUGGAUGUAGCACGUGUGUGCCUGGGGAAUAUGGGAAACGCCAGAGCAGCUAAAGCUCUAAAGGAGGCAGAGGCCGAGCCUGAGCCAGACGCACAAGUGGCAAUGUUGGCAGUUCAACUGGGCAUGGUGGAAGAUGCAGAAAAGUUGUACAAGUCCUGUCAACGCUACGACCUUCUGAACAAGUUCUACCAGGCCUCCGGUCAGUGGCAGAAAGCUCUAGAAACGGCAGAAACCCAGGACCGCAUCCACCUGCGCACCACCUACUACAGUUAUGCCAAAUACCUGGAGUCUAUUGGAAACAAGACACUGGCCCUGGCAUUUUAUGAGAACUCAGAAACGCACAGGGCUGAAGUUCCCAGGAUGCUCCAGGAUGAUGCGGCAUCUCUUGAGAUCUAUGUCAACAAAAUGAAAGACAAGAGCAUCUACAAGUGGUGGGCUCAGUACCUGGAGAGUCAAUCGGACAUGGACACUGCGUUACUUUAUUAUGAACGUGCUGAGGAUUUCCUGUCUCUGGUUCGAGUCUACUGCUACAUUGGAAACAUCCAGAAGGCCUCUGAGAUAGCCAAUGAAACAGGCGACAGAGCAGCGUCCUACCAUCUGGCCAGAAACUACGAAGGUCAUGAUGACAUUAAACAGGCUGUUCACUUCUACACACGAGCUCAGGCCUACAACAACGCCAUCCGACUCUGCAAGGAGAACGGUCUCGAUGACCAACUGAUGAACCUGGCUCUGCUCAGUAAUCCAGAGGACAUGAUGGAGGCUGCUUGUUACUACGAAGACAAAGGCACUUACAUGGACAGAGCUGUCUCUCUCUACCACAAGGCUGGUUAUGUGUCUAAAGCUCUGGAGUUGGCCUUUGCCACUGAGCAGUUUGCUGCCCUUCAGUCGAUCGCUGAAGAUCUGAAUGAGAACUCAGAUGCAGCGCUACUGGCUCGAUGCUCCGAUUUCUUCAUCACACACUCCCAGUACGAGAAGGCUGUGGAGCUGCUGGUGGCCGCCAAGAAGUACCACCAAGCCUUAGAGCUGUGUGUCAACCAGAACCUGACCAUCACAGAGGAGAUGGCUGAGAGAAUGACCGUGACCGACUCUAAGGCUCUGACUGAGGAGGAUCGCAAGGACGUACUGGAGAGGAUUGCUGACUGCUGCAUGCGUCAGGGCAACUACCACCUGGCCACCAAGAAAUACACACAAGCAGGAAACAAGCCUAAGGCCAUGAGGUCACUCCUAAAAUCUGGCGACACAGAGAAAAUCAUCUUCUUUGCCAACGUCUGUCGUCAAAAGGAGCUUUUCAUCAUGGCUGCCAACUACCUGCAGUCUCUGGACUGGAGGAAAAACCCAGAGAUCCUGAAAACUAUCAUUGGUUUCUACACCAAAGGCAGAGCACCGGACCUGCUGGCUGGUUUUUAUGAAGCCUGUGCUCAGGUGGAAAUUGAUGAUUACCAAAAUUAUGAGAAGGCACUUGAUGCACUGACCGAAGCUGCAAAGUGUCUUUCAAAGGCAAAGGACUCCAUUGGACAGUAUGAAGUUAGAUUAGCUGACCUUCAGCACAAGAUCAGUCUCAUCAAGAAGUUUGUUCAUGCACGCAGGUUGUAUGAAAACAAUCCUGCUGAGGCUGUGCAGGUCUGUGAAGCUCUGCUGGAGGAACCGGAAUUGGACCCUGCAGUCAGGGUUGGAGAUGCCUACGGUUUCCUGGUGGAACAUCACUGUCAACAAGGAAACUUUCAAGUGGCAUACCGUAAACUGGAGGAGCUCCAGAAGCACCUGCCGUCUCAGAACAUCAGGUACUACAUCAGCCAGGCCAGUCUGGAGGCCCUGCAGAAAGGCAUGGGGAUUUCCUUAGAUCGAAUUGACACCAGAACCAUUGUGAAGGAGGAGGAUGAGGUGGAGGAGGAUUUAAACAUGUCUUAAUACAAACAGACACUGUGUCUCUUCGAGGUCAAACUCUGGCUAAAGUUAUUAGCCCUCAGCAUGUGUUGCAAUAAAGCAAGGGGAGAAUUACAGUCUCUUCAUAAUUAGGUGAAGCAUUUUCUGUAUAUAUGUACAUGUGUAUCUACUUGUAUAUUGUAUAUAUGUCUGUACUUUUUAAAAAAGAUAUUCAUGUUGUCCAGGACAAAUGUGCCUUACUUAAAAGUCACCAGGUGCCUGAAUGUGACUUUCAUGUGCCUCUGAUGUUUUUGUAUAAAUUUAAAAAAAGAAGACAAUAAAAUAGUUUGACAAAUAAAA